AUGUUGCCGUCACCAGAUUAUGAGUUUGACAAUGACAAAAUGAGCAGCGAUAAACCUUACGAGGAAGAGGAAUAUAUAUCUGAACCAGAACCUGACUACGACAAUGAACCACUCAAUUCCGUCCGUCAAGUUUUCACACCAGCGGUAAUAGUACCAAUUCCAGUCACAGAUUACAACAGCAAUGCAGCAUCAGGUUCACCACGAACAACCGCAACAAAUGACAAUAAUUACGUGCCACCACCGCAAACGACAUUUCGUCGUCUUUCAUCAGAUUAUGCGAUGAAUCUAAACGACAAAUUUAAUAAUGCACAAAAUGAAUGGGAUAUUCCGAACAGAUCACCUAUUCAAUUGCGAAAGGACUCGUCACUAUCUGACUGGAUAGAGGAUGUGGAUCCACUUCAGAACGUCGAUUAUACGAAAGCAUUCUCAAACUUGAGCACCCCAGUCGAAUUAACAUUGGCACGUGUUUUAAAGGAUUGGCGCAAAACUGACGUUCAGGAAUUAGACGUUUACAAAGGUGAAAUAUUGAAGGUGCUUGAGAAAAGGAUCAUUUGGUGGAAAUGUGAGAAGGACAACACCGGUGAGGCUGGAUGGGUGCCUGCUAAAUACUUAAGAGCAAUAUAG